GCGGCCUUGGAGCAGCGAUGUGCGCCUGCGCGACAGAGAACUGAGGCGGCGCGCUCCCGCGCGCCCUGGAGCCCAAGCUUCCCUCAUACCCAGCCAAGACAGGCAUCCCCCCCCCCCACACCUCAUCCCCAACCCCCAACCCCACAGCGGAUCCCCCUGCCCCCUCUCCUCCCCUCUCCCCGUCGUCGCUGGAACCUGAUCACCGGGGGUCGGACAGCAGCGGCUGAGAACUCUCUACCAGAUGCCUUACCAGCUGUGGGUGAUGCGGAAGCUCUUGAUGUACCGUAAUUCCUAGAUAUUUGGAAGCAAAUGGUGGAGCUUCUUUUGACUCAAAAUUUACCUUCACUGACUCUGAGAAUACAAAAGAGGACAGAGGUUCCGGAAGGAGCCCUUCUCGUAUUGUGGGUGCUUGCCCCAUUCCUUCUUGUGAGAAUGGCGACCCCAGAUGUGAGCGUUCACAUGGAGGAGGUGGUGGUGGUAACAACCCCAGACAAUGUGGUUGACGGCAGCGGCAUGGAGGAGGUGAAAACCGUCCUAGUCACCACCAAUCUGUCCCAGCAUGGCAGUGACCUAAAUGAAGACACCCUGGAGACAGAAAAUGCAGCAGCUGCAGCAGCUGCUGCUUUUACAGCCUCUGCACAUCUGAAAGAAGCCCUUUUAGUGAAGAUGGCUGAAGAAGAUGACUGUGUGGAAGCUGAGAUUGUUUAUCCCAUCACCUGUGGAGACAGCAAAGCCAACCUAAUAUGGCGGAAGUUUGUUUGCCCUGGCAUCAACGUGAAAUGUGUCCAGUAUGACAACCACUUGAUAAGUCCCAAGGAAUUUGUCCAUCUGGCGGGCAAGUCCACCUUGAAAGACUGGAAGAGGGCCAUCCGGAUGAAUGGGAUCAUGCUAAGGAAAAUCAUGGAUUCAGGCAAGCUGGAUUUCUACGAGCACACAAAAGUUUGCUCCAACACCUGCCGGAGCACCAAAAUUGACCUAACCGGAGCCAGGGUGUCUCUGACGAGCCAGUCUUCAGCGGAGUACAUUCCUCUCACCCCUUCCUCCGCGGACGUGAAUGGAUCUCCUGCCACCGUCACCAUAGAAACAUGUGAGGACUCCGCCGAUUGGACUACUGCCAUUGGAGAUGACACCUUUACAUUCUGGCGAGGUCUGAAGGAAGCGGGCUUGUUGGAAGAAGUGAUUCAGGAGUUCCAUGUGGCAUUUCUGGAGACCAUGAAGGGCCUGCAGCAAAGAAGCCAGGAUUCCCCAUUGCAGCUCACUGAUGCUAUCCUGCUCAACAACACCAUUCAGAACUUUGGCAUGCUGGACCUGGUGAAGAAGGUUUUGGCCAGCCACAAGUGCCAAAUGGACCGGUCCAGAGAGCAGUACACACGGGACUUAGCAGCCCUGGAGCAGCAGUUGGACGAGCACCGAAAGAGAGCGAAGGAGCUCAAGCACAAGUCCCAGCACCUCAACAACGUGCUGAUGACCCUCACGCCCGUCUCGGUCCCGUCUCCCCUGAAGCGGCCCCGGCUGACCCGUGCGACUUCGGGACCACCCGCCAUCACCUCCCAGCUCCUGUCUCAGUCGGCGCAGUUCGCCCUGGCUCCAGGGAUGCCAGUCACGCAGCUGGCCAACCUGCCCAUCGCCAAGGUGGUCCCUGCUCUCCCUGCAUCCACUCUCGGGAAGGCCACGACGCAGGUCGCCGCCGCCGGCUCCCCAGCCUCCCCACUGCUGGGCGGGUACACCGUCCUGGCCUCGACCGGCUCCACCUUUCCCAGUGCGGUGGAGAUACACCCGGAGGCCUCCAACCUCACCGUGCUGAGCACAGCGGCCAUACAGGAUGGAGGCACGGUGGUGAAGGUGAUGAGCCCCUUCCAGCUGCUCACUCUCCCGGGACUGGGCACCGCCAUCCAGAACAUGACGCAGGUGUCCCCCGGGGGCAGCACCAUCAUGACGGUGCCGUCCAGCAUGGUGGAGGGCGCCGCAGCAACCGAAGAACACGCUGCGCUCGAGGUGACCACGGUGGCGGACGAGCCGGAGCAGAAGUGAAGCACGGACUGCGGCCCGCCGUCUCGGGUGCGCUCGGAGCAUACGCAGCCAUCCCUCUGAUGACAGGAAGAGGGCACUGGGAAAAGAGGAAGGGAGACAGGCUGGCUGAUGGGAGAAUAGUGAGGCUGGAACAACAGAGGCAGAGAGAGAGCACAGGGAGAAUCCCCUUGGCAAGGCAGGGGUGGGAGCACUAUUCUGCAGGAACCAUUAAAAGCUAUAAUCUUUCCAUCCUUGGCUUGUAACCCACCUGUGGCCACCUCAGAGGGAGCAAGCAACUUGUCGGGAGAUGGAGGUAGGCAAAGAGGUUUCCAAGAACCAAAUGAUAAAAAGAAGACAGAGGAGCAAAAGAUGAGCGAACCAGCCAGCGUAGUUCUAGAAAUGACCGAGCAGGCAGCCUGGGCUCAGUUGGGCUCAGGCACGGCUGAGCCUGCUGGGUCACACGGCUAGCUGGCUAGCUGCUUCCCUGCCACGCAGGAGCGCAGGCGAGAAGGGCAGCCCCACUCUGGCCGCCGGGAGUCGGAAGGGGACUGACGUGAGUCGCCAACCCCCCGGCAGGCAAAGAGCCUGGAAGCCAAGCCAGGUCCGCUGAAGGCGGUGGGGUGCUUGGGAGAGGGCCUGGCGGCACUCGGUUUCAAGGGCAGGGCGAGGGCGUCCGCCAUCUGCUGACAUGGCGAACGGUGGCAUUGGCUCAUUGGGGUGACGGGAGAACCCGGGCCUCAGGAGGGUAGCUGACGAGGAGGCAGGCUGGCAGACCCGUCCACAAAGAGCCUGUGACCCGACGAGGAGGAGGCGGCGCCUCCUACCUCGCGCAAGCACACACGCCCACAGCAGCCCUUCCCGAGGUGAGGACGGUGCACGGGGGCCGCUGCCUGCACACGUCUUCCAUGCUUCUGUCUGCCCACGCUGCCUUGCGCUGCAGCCCACAGGCCUCGUCCGCCAUGCACCAGCGCCCCAGGCCGCCGUGUGAUGCCUGCGAAGGAUGACGUGGCUGUGGAAGCGUCGCAGCAGGAGAGCGAGCACGCAGCCCCUGAGCUUGCUUUGGAUUGUUCCAACAGGCUUGCAGGACGAUAACCAAUGAUUAAAGAAACAGACGCAACGGGAGAGGUGCUUGUGAACGGAAACAACCACCGCUGUCAGAAGCUGCAAAACUUUGCAUUCUUGCAGUGCAGGCUUGUCUCAAAGCAGCGAAAGCAGGUCUCUUGAAUCGCUUAUUAAAUACUUUUGAAAGCAUGCCUUGUGGCUCCGCAGCUCUCAUUUUCUUGUAUUUGCAGCUGGGAUGCUUCUAGACUGGAGGUCCUUUUGCUACCAGUCACAGGGCAGUAUGCAGGUAUCCUGUUUUUUAUUUCUUAACAUGUUUUUUUCUGACUUAGGAAAAUGGCAAAAGAAGCAGUGGGGAAAACAUGGGAGGGGUGUGCAUUGAAUGUCAUCUGGACCCCAUGGGAAAUUCUGUGAAUGAGACUCUGAGAUCGCACAAUAAAAGGCUUGUCUGGAAGUAA